AUGUCCAGAGUACGUCCCAUUGUUGAUGAUGUACAUAAAAGAGGUGAUAAGGCUCUUAUUGAAUUGACUGCAAAAUUUGAUGGCAUAAAGCUAGAUUCGCCUGUGAUUUCUGCACCUUUUCCUUCAGAAGCAAUGAUGUUGGAUGAUGACACACGUAAUGCUAUUGAUCAAGCUUAUGAAAAUAUUUAUAAAUUUCAUGAAGCGCAGUAUGAUCGUUCUACUUUGGUUGUUGAAACUAUGCCUGGUGUGGUAUGUUCACGUUUUAGUAGACCGAUUGAGCGAGUUGGACUUUACGUUCCUGGUGGCACUGCAACAUUGCCUUCAACGACACUUAUGUUAGGAAUUCCAGCCAAAGUCGCAGGUUGUAAACAGAUUACUAUUGCCAGUCCACCCUGUAAAGAUGGCAGUGUUAUACCUGAAGUUUUAUAUGUUGCUCAUAAGGUUGGUGCUUCCAAGGUUCUACUAGCUGGUGGUGCUCAAGCUAUUGCAGCUCUUGCUUAUGGAACUGAAUCAGUUCCCAAAGUUGACAAGAUAUGUGGACCUGGAAACCAAUAUGUUACUGCUGCCAAAAUGUUAGCUCAGAAUGAUAGUUUUAGUAAUAUAACAGUGGGCGUUUUAGGACAAUUUGGGUGUAAAAAAAUAAAACAUAUUGUUUUUCUAUAG